AUGGAUCAGUACAAGAAAAUUCAUGCGGCGCACGAUGACCUGCGCGCCAAGGUGCCGCGUCGCCCCGCGCAUCUUUACAAGUCGCCGUUCGAAAAGGUUGUGGACAAGUACGUCGGGGAGGGGACCGCGCCGACGCUGGUGCGCGUGUUCAUGGUGCUCGUGUUCCUGUAUUGCGCAUCGUUGGUUGUGCGCGCGAUGAUUAGCAUGAGAAGCAGGGGUAAGAACAAGCAGGGGCCGCUCGACUGA